GUGCAGGGGAAAGGUGGUGGGAGCACAUACGGUGUGCUGAAUCAAGGACCAAGGGGCAUGGGGCAAAGCUAUAUGCUUUUCUUAGGAGGUUUGGCUGGGGGAUACUUGGUACUCCCAUUAGCCACAGGAGUAGGUUAUGACCUCGUAAGACUGGAAGGAACCUUCAUAGGCAGGUUGUCACCAUCACUGAACACAAUUGGAAAAGCAGUGAGAGCGAAAAACAAGGCGAGACCGGGACGAAAGGAGAGGGCGAAGAAGGCAGUUGGGCCAGCUGUUCGGAGAAACACCCUGAUAGUGUUUACGGAUCUCGCCACCGGAAGGAGGAAUGCAAGCCUAAGUACGCUACUCGAAGAGGUGAGUAGAGCGGGCGGGAAAAACAUUACACUGACCAGCUCAGGUGGUCAGGUGUGGGGCGAGAAGUGGUCGAUCGUCAAGAGGUUAUAUGGCACGUCCAUAGUGAGGACCGAUGAAGGGAAAGUCCCGCUUGCAAGAGCCAAGUGCAUGAUGGAGGCGGGGGGCCAGUUUCGGAUUGCCCCGGUGGAGAAGGCAGAAAAUGCACGGCUGAGGGGGAAAGGAUACCUCAGACAGUUGCUCGAGAUGCCGAGGAAGAAGGGGGAGUUGAAAAACUUCGAUAUUCCGAAGCUAAUUUUCCUAUACCGCAGUGCGCGUGAGUUCAAGACGAAGACAACGAGGAGGGUACUGAAGGAAAUGAUAGCGGACGUUGUACGGAAGAAGACAGGCGUGGAAGUUAAGAAGAAGGUGAAUGUCAAGGCCACCUACAACCAUAGACUAAGGAAGAGAAGGAUAAGAGAGACAAUCGCAGCUGCGGUGGGAAGCAGCAGAAUCCACCCGGUGUUAAAAUCGGUGUUGAAGCAGCGGAUCAGAGUUGUAUGGGGACGCAACAAGAACGUCCAAGAGCUGCUCACCAAUCAUCGCAUGUCAGCAAGAGAGCCGGUAGUCGAAUGUACAUGCAAAGAUGAAGAUUUGCCCAGGGAAGGUGGGCAUGUGCUGCUCAGAAUUGCGCAUUACCCUGCGAUACCGAGUUUCCUCUGCAAUGGGAAAAAUAUUCUGCAGAACACCACUUGGUCGAGCAGAGGACACUGCAGAGAGAAGUCGAGCGGGCACUAAAUGGAGUGAUGAGGAAGGAAGAUUUACCAGA